CAACGUCGCCAUCUGCUUUCUCGUUCUUCUCCAAUCUCCGUGUUGUUGUUGCCGGUGACGCGGCGGAGGUGUAGCCUGACGCGGGCUCUUACGUGUCGGCCAGAAUAAAAGUGGAGCUCCGGAGACCCGGGAGUGACGAAAGGGUGUCUGUAUCGGUUUGCCAAUGAAGAUGGAGUCAGCAGCCGAGGCUCAGCAGGCGGCGGACACUGCUGUGACUGAGACGGAGAACCAGCACAUCACCGCGGCUCAGAUCGCUACUUUAGCACAGGUUUCCAUGACAACAGGACACGCCUCGGCAACAGGUCCCACUGUAACGCUGGUACAGCUUCCCAACGGGCAGACGGUUCAGGUCCAUGGAGUCAUUCAGGCUGCACAGCCAUCUGUUAUCCAGUCCCCACAAGUCCAGGCCGUGCAGAUCUCCACCAUAGCUGAAAGUGAAGAUUCCCAGGAGUCAGUGGACAGUGUGACAGACUCCCAGAAGCGCAGAGAGAUUCUGUCACGGCGCCCUUCAUACAGGAAAAUCCUGAAUGACCUUUCAUCCGACGCACCAGCAGUUCCUCGGAUCGAGGAGGAAAGGGCUGAGGAAGACUCAUCUGCAGCUGCAGCUACACCCGCCAUCACCACCGUAACCGUUCCCACACCCAUCUACCAGACCAGCAGCGGACAGUACAUUGCGAUCACGCAGGGCGGAGCCAUUCAGCUGGCCAAUAACGGCACAGAUGGAGUUCAGGGCCUUCAGACUCUGACCAUGACCAACGCUGCUGCAGCCGCUCAGCCUGGAACCACCAUCCUGCAGUAUGCACAGACCAGCGAUGGCCAGCAGAUACUGGUUCCCAGUAACCAGGUUGUGGUCCAAGCCACCUCGGGUGAUGUCCAGGCCUAUCAAAUCCGAGCGGCUCCUGCCAGCACCAUCACCCCUGGGGUUGUCAUGGCCUCCUCCCCUGCCCUCCCAACACAAGGAGCUACAGAAGAGGUCACCAGAAAAAGGGAGGUCCGCCUAAUGAAGAACAGAGAGGCAGCCCGGGAAUGUCGCAGGAAGAAGAAGGAGUAUGUUAAAUGUCUGGAGAACAGAGUCGCUGUCCUGGAGAACCAAAACAAGACACUAAUCGAAGAACUGAAAGCACUUAAAGAUCUUUACUGUCAUAAAUCUGAGUAGCUCGUGUCCUGAACGUGGAGCUGGGCCAAGUAGUUUUCCAGUUUCUUUCAAAUGCUUUGACUGUUUGAUUCUGCCUGGGCAUCCAAUCUGCUCAUGGCUGGCCUGUUUUUUUUUUUUACCCAGGCAAGUUUUUCCCAAAUAACCUUCUCUUCAACAGUACAAUAAAUUUUAACAAUAUAAAGUAGUACUGUCGGGAUCAACAGGGAAAACAUGAGAAAAGUGCCGUUUAAAACGUGGUACUCUAAACUGAUAGCCAGAAUCCUGUUAACCAUUAGUUAAUUUGGUGCUGGAUCCUGCUGAGAUCAUAGCUUAGGUCACCAUCUGCAUUCGUUUGUACAUCAUUGUAUUUAUGCUCCAUGCUGUGUUUCCUCUUUGUUGUGUGGCAAAGGUGCCUGCGUCAAAUGCCAUGGAGAUAUAAGCUUCCAAUUUCUUUUAAACAUAAACACCCACUUUAGAUUUUUAUGUACUGUCAUAGCUAGCCAUUUUCUGUUUACUGUGCAACCAAUAAUGUGUUUUCAAGGUAUCACCGUUUACCCUACGUUACGAUUUAUGACAUUGUUUUGAACGCCUAUAAAAUGCAGGCCAGAGCAAUGACAAGCCUCGUCUCCUAAGAAACAUUGGCUGCCUUUUUAUUCAGCUAGAAAAAAUUUUUAGGAUUUAUUUUUUUCUCGUUUUUAUCAACGUUUUAUGAUAUAUUAAGCGAUCCCAUCAUAAAAUAUUUUAACAGGGUGUAUGUAAGAAUGAACUGUGAAUCUAACCUUCAUGUGAAUUAUGCCUUACAGAUCAGUCUACAACUAAUUGGGGAAAACUAGUUUUUAAAGAUUCUACCAACUCCUGAUACUGUAUUACUUGAAAAGAGGACAGUUGUGGUGUAACAAAACACUUGGCUAUUCUGUUGUUUAUUGUAUAUUUAUCAACCUUCCCACUAAUAAUAACUUAGGGAUGACCCAGUAAAGAUUUUUGUCUAACAAACCGAUCUGAGUCAUUUAAGAAUAGGCAUUUGGCAAUACUUAUACGCUUUCUAAAACUUUAUGAAAACCAAUGCCAUGUGCUUGCAGUAAAGUAAAACACUACAUUUCAUAAGAAUGACAUGAUCUCAAUUAGUGAUUGUGUAGCAUUUAAGUCACAAGUGACAUCUGGAGCUUCAUAAUGAUGGAUUUCUUUUUUGCCAACCGGAGCGUGUGGAUAGCCUCAAUAGGCUGCUCCAACCAGUUAGCUAAGUUUGGAAAUAUACUAUAAUGUUCUGACAGUACGCCCUCUAAAACAUGCAUAUCAUUUGUUUCUAAGCGUAUGUCUUCAAUAAACUCACAUCUUGCUACAGCUGGCAAUGUUUUCACGUGGGGUAGUUUGCUAAAGUGCUAGGCUAAUGCUAGCAUGUUUUAUUUUUAUUUUUUCACCAUUUAGACGUGACUUGUUGAUUCUGGUAGUGAAAUAUGUCAAUCAUGUGCAGACAAAACGUAUGGAGAUAGUUGUGCCUCUCCAUGAACUUAUUGUUUUUCUUUGAACAUCAUAAAAUUAAUGAGUAGUGUGUCAGCUGCUCUCUGUGCACGUCUUCCAGGACAGCUUCAGAUAUCUGAGCACAGCACAGAGCACUAUUGUCCUUUUUAGCCAUCAAUGUGAAUGUUGCAAGGCAUGGUGGGAGUGCUGCUUACAAAAUCAUAAAUGGUACAAAAAACACAGUUAUCCUGAAUUUAGAUGUGUUAGGGACCCCAUUACCCAUCAUUCACUGGAUUGUGAUAUCCAUAAUAAUAUCUGCCAAAGCUGCUAUAUUAACUGAAUAAUUUGGGAAAUAACAAUAUAACAAUAUUUUGUUCAGUUAUCUGUUUUUGCAAGAGACCAAAAUAACCUUUUGUCACACGGCAUAGCAAUAGUCCAGUUGGACUGCAUCUUGCUAAUUGGCACAAAAGCUGUUUUUCUGUUGACACUUAAGUGAGUUUAUGGUUUAAAUGGCUGUUUCUUCAUAUUACCUCUUAUGUUACUUGUUACAUGCCCACACAUAAAAACGUGUGUAAAACAACACCAUUUAAUGCAUAACAGCACAACCUACAAAUAAUAAAAAAAAAAUUGAUUUGAAGUUGUAAAUUUCAAAUCCAAUUUGUUAUCAUUCAAGUUAACUAUGUACAAAAUUUUACAUUUUAGGUAUUUUUUUCUUUCAUUUGGUAUUAUUUUGACUUUUUCAAUUUAGUCAAAUAUUGGUGAAAUAUAAACCAUGUAAAUGUAAAUUGCUGUGUUAUUUUAUUUUCUUGCAAAUUGGACUCUGACAUCUAGAAAAGCAAUUUGCUACAAUUUCUUUAAAAUAACAUUAGUUGUAUAUUACAUCCUGUUGGAAUGAGAUCACUUGUGUUGUUUGCGUGUGUGUGUUGAGAAGAAAUGUGUAUGUGAUUGUCUAUAUUUUAUAUAACUGUACAUAGACUCUACAGCAUGUGUAGACCUCAUAUAUUUCAGUUUAUUUGACAAAUGGUUUUUAUGACUUGUAUGGAGAAAAAAAACUUUGCAUAUUUGUAAUAUACAUCAUUGUAUAAUUCACAGCAGUGAACUGUAUGUGUGCAUUAAUGUGUCCCUCCUGGCCAACCAGCAUUAUGGCAGCUAGUGAAUGAGGAACGGCCUGUGUUGGAGGUGUUUGAUGUUUGGAGUGUUUUAAUCAGUUUUGGAUCAGCGGUGUUUGUAGAAAAAGAGUAAAUGGGUUUAAAAGAUGUUCGGCCACAUAGCAGAUGUCAAUUGGAUCUUUUUUGAGCAUUAUUGUUUCUGUUUGAAUCUUUAUAUAUAUAUAUAUUAUCUUUUAAGUGUGAACUGCUCCAACACCAAAUCUUUUUAUAUAUACAAAGUUAUCAGAUGAAAGCACAAUGUUUUCCCCCCACUGAAGCCCUUAUGUUUUUCUUAAUUAUACUUUAUCUGCAUUUAUUUCAAUAGAAGGUUGCUUCUUAUUCAUAUAAUUGACUAUGUUUGCAGUCGUAAGGAAAACGACUGAGAAUCAGCAUUUAGGAACCAUCUCUGAACUGGGUGAGUUUUUUUUAGGUGAAACAUACGGGGAUUUUAGUUUGGUCUGAAAACAUCUGUGAUCAUGCUUGUCAAUCAACAUUAUUAUAAUUCUAAGUGUCAACGUUGUGUUUUGACCUUAAAAAGUUUGAUCAUUUAAAAUUCUUAGUUUUUAAAUUAAUCCCAGUCUUUCAGUAUUAUUUUUUUUUGUUUACUACAAAUCUUUUCCUAGAUUCACAAAUUACUUUCAAGGCAUUGUUCUUGAUUUUAACUAGUUUUGGAAAUGUGGAAACACUAGUAUUUAAUAAUCAGAUUAGCAUGUAAUAUUUCUCAUACAUUUUGUUCCUUUUUUGCUUUACAGUGUGGUUUAAUGGAUCAGUGUAGAGACAAAGCAUCUUCGUUAACUAUACUGUCAAUUUGGAUUUAUUGGAAUGGAGUGAACUUUAUAAAUACAAGUUUUGAUAAUUCAUACAAACUGUCAGUAUCAUAAUAUGUACGUUGUGUUCAGGGCUUAGUUUCACUCAGUACCCAGCUGAAACGGUAUUUGAGUUACUAUAAAAAGUGUAUUCUUGGAUAAAAAUAAUUGCCAUCCCUUGUGAUUCACACAUCCAGUGCUGGUGCUAAAUAAGACCUUGUGGCAUGAUUACUUGUUAUUUUUACUUACAAACUUAUGUUGUGUGAAACUGAGUGCCAGAAUUGUUUGUACCUAAUUGCCAUAUAAAAAUAAAAUGCAUCAUUUUUAAUGUGAUCAAUGUAAUGAUUGUUACUUUUACAAAGUCUAAACAUAAAUCACAUAUGUUGUACAGUGUAUUCUAAAGACAAGGUUACAAAAUGUCACAUUACAUAUAGUUUGUUUUAACAAAGUCCCAUUACAACAUUGUAUCUGCCCAAAAAUUAAAGUGAUGUUACUCUAAUAUACAUCACUCUUUUGUAAACUACUGACAUGUCUUAAUAAACUGCUCUAAAUAGUG